UUUUCGCUUUCGCAGAGGGUUUACCCUUAGUAAAGAUGGCAUAGAGGCUUCCAACUCCACUUGGAGCAUGCGCACUGUCAGAAAUGUGGCUGGAGAUAACAGGAAAAUAAAGGUAUGAUUCGUAAGCGUCGAUUGGCUGAAGCGAGAAGCGUGCGCUGAUUGGCUCAGUCCUUCGCGGGAAGUAGUUUGUGGCGCCAGAGAAAAGUGGAUACGACGCAGUAAUAGCGACGGGAUUCUGAAGUGUUUUGCAAGUUUAUCUGACUGGAACCUUCUGGCCCUCCUUUCCCAAGAGAAUCUCGACCAAGAUGUGGAAUAGUGGCUAUGAAAGCUAUAGCAGCUCCAGCUACGGAGGAGGCGUCAGCUACACUCAGUCUCCAGGGGGCUUCGGGUCACCAACAGCUUCUCAGGCUGAGAAGAAAUCAAGAGCCCGAGCCCAGUACAUUGUGCCUUGUACCAUAUCUCAGCUGCUUUCUGCUACUCUGGUUGAUGAAGUAUUCAAAAUUGGGAAUGUUGAGAUUUCACAGGUCACUAUUGUGGGAAUAAUCAGACAAGCAGAGAAGGCUCCAACCAACAUUGUUUACAAAAUAGAUGACAUGACAGCUGCACCCAUGGAUGUCCGCCAGUGGGUUGACACAGAUGACACUGGUGGAGAAAACACUGUGGUUCCUCCAGAAACAUAUGUGAAAGUGGCUGGCCACCUGAGGUCCUUUCAGAACAAAAAGAGCCUGGUAGCGUUUAGGAUCAUGCCCCUGGAGGAUAUGAAUGAGUUCACCGCACAUAUUCUGGAAGUAGUCAAUGCACACAUGAUGCUGAGCAGACCGAGCACCCAGCCCUCAGCCGGAAGAGCAUCUAUCAGCAACCCAGGAAUGGGUGAACCAGGAAACUUCAUUGAGAACAGCUUCAUGCCAGCCAAUGGCCUCACUGUGACCCAAAACCAGGUGCUGAAUUUGAUUAAGGCCUGUCCAAGGCCCGAAGGAUUGAACUUUCAGGAUCUCAGAAACCAACUCCAGCACAUGCCGAUAGCCUCAAUCAAGCAAGCUGUGGAUUUUCUUAGCAACGAGGGACAUAUCUAUUCUACAGUGGAUGAUGAUCACUUUAAAUCUACAGAUGCAGAAUAACGAUCUCAUGAGCUCCUGAGACAUUUCUGGUUGGACCUGUUUGCAUGGUCUUUUGCUCCGGCGAUGCAUGUGUUUGGCUAGGCAACCCCUAGGAAGGAAGUUCCAUCUAUAAAAGAUCUCAGUUGACGUCCCUCUGAAACUCACUGCUCUUCUGUUUUUUGUGUUUUGAAGCUGAAAGGAAGAUGGGCAAAUUGACAGAGAUGUAUACCAGGGUGGCAUUUCUUAGAGAAGUUCAAGACAGAUGAGACUGGAAGAAAGCCGCUACCAAGAGAGUUGGGCAGUAUUGCUCAGAAAUUUUUGUUCUUUAAAAAAAUGCUUCCUGUUGAGAGAAAAUGAGCAGUACUAGGACUUGUAGGCAUAGUGCCAACCAAGGAACCCACUUCCCCCUACUGGUUUUGACUCCUGCUCUGGUUCUGUGUCAUUUUUCAGAAUUGCACUUUCUUUCUCCUUGUCUUGUCUCUUGCUGAAAGCAAGUUUGUGUGAACAUGAGGUUAUGGGAUGCUGGCCUCACAGGACAGAGCAGAGUUAAGUGUUAACUGCAUUUUGUACAAAAUAAAUACAUCCAUAUU